UCAUCUCCCUCCUCAAGCCGCUCUUCUUUCCCCCGGCCAUCGGCUCAGCUACAGUGGAACUCAACCUCAUCACAUCACUCAUCUUUUACUUCUGCUUUGUUUUUUUUCUGUCGCUCAAUCCCACUUUUUAUCCCCUUCAAUUGUGUUUAGUCCGGUGACCGAUCGGAUAAAAAAAUUGAAGUUUUUAAAUUUUAUUUUCUUCAAAAAAGGGGAAAUUUCGAGACACGCAUGGUUUUUUUGCAUUGCAUAAACAUGACUGUUUUGCACUCUUUUUCCCCUAUUGAUUUUGAAGCUGAUCUGCUACUGCAUGUAUUUCUCAGCAGCAUUUAAUCAGUACCCAGAAUUCUAUUUUGCUUAAAGAUCCUUCGACAUGUCGAGAUAUAUAAAUGGGAAAGGUUCCUCCAACCAGGAAGGGAAAAAGCAGCCAAUAGUGCCGAAGCCUGAAAUGUUGGAUUUUGAUUUCGCUGAGGAUGCACUCAUUUCUCAACAUGUUGGGGACAAUGUUGCAUGUUCAUCGGGAAGCAAUGUGAGAUCAUUUUUCAUUGGGAUGGGAUUUUCACCAUCUCUCGUUGACAAAGUCAUUGAAGAAAAGGGUGAAGAUGAUGCUGACUUGUUACUGGAGACUCUUACUGAAUAUUCUGACGUUCAAAAGGAAAAUUCUCAGACAUCAGGCCAUCUCAAUAACUCGUUUGUUGGCGAGGACGAAGGAAGUUAUCCCCAGAUUUACAAUUAUAUUCAACCAAAAGAUGAGCCAGAUGUAUUUGAUGAUGAAGAUCUUAUUGACAAAAGAUCAUCUUUACUGAUGACAUUUUCUGUAGAUGAAGUCGAGUUUGCAUUGGAUAAGCUUGGUGAAGAUUCUCCCAUAAAUGAAUUAGUGGACUUCAUUUCCGCUGCUCAAAUAGCAGAAGAACUUGAGGAGGAAUCAGAAGAUUCACUCGGCUGUGGGGAAGAAAACGACCAAAAUGAUACUAAUGAAAUUUUGUUUGGGACAAUGGAGAAGACACUUUCUUUGCUUGAUAUGGGUUUCUCCGAGAACGAGGUUUCAAUUGCGAUUGAAAAGUUCGGUUCCGAUGUUCCAAUUACAGAACUUGCAGAUGCCAUGUUCACUGGUCAUCUUUCUCGUAGCUAUGUCGAAAGUAAAAAGUUAAAGUUGGCAGCUUCAGGCCGUGGGUUGAUGCAUAAUGUGGAUGAUAAAGCAGAAAUUAAAACCGAGGAUUGCAGUUCCGCUGCUGUUCCUCAGUCGGGAAAUAUCAACCUUGGGGAAUCUUCUUCAAACGGGAAAAGACCGAAAGAAGAGAGUCUGGAUGAUGUCCCGGUUCCUAAUCCUCCGAAGAAGCAAUCUCUUAAUGAGAAAAAACGCGAAGGGAAGAGACCGAAGCAAGCCUUUGUAGAUAAUGCAAGUCCUUUCGUUGAUCCAGCAUGGCUUGAAGAGAAAAUAGGCCCUGAUUUUACCCCUAGUUUCGAGAUACCCAGAACUUUCAAAUCCAAUUCGUGCAAGACUGUGAACAAGGCAGUAGCGAAAGCGCCGUAUUUCCUGUAUGGAAAUGUUGUCAACUUGCCUUAUGAUGGUUGGAUCAAGAUUUCACAGUUCUUGUACGGGAUCGAGCCUGAAUUCGUGAAUACUCGGUCCUUUUCGGCUUUUAAUAGGAACGAAGGCUAUGUACAUAAUCUUCCAGCCGAAAACAGGCUUCACAUCCUUCCAAGGUCACCGCUGACAAUACAGGAUGCGAUACCGCAUAUAAAGAAGUGGUGGCCAUCUUGGGAUACAAGGAAACAACUGAAUUGCAUGGGGUCUGAAGUUCUCGGAGCGUCUACGUUGUGCGAUAGGCUUGGGGGCAUAUUAUCCAGUUCUCGAGGAAUACUCACAGCGGAGCAGGAGAAACAUAUUCUUCGUGAAUGCCAAAAAUCGAAUCUCAUUUGGAUCGGUCUAUACAAGCUUUGCCUCGCGCAGCCUGAACAUUGGGAACGCAUACUUGGCUACCCGUCGAACCACACUCAAGCUUUGGAGAAUGACUUGACUCGAAGGCUACACCUACUCCAGGAAUCUUUCCAAACCGACACCUUGGGUUAUCAUCUCUCCGUAUUGAAGCCAAUGUAUCCCGGAGGGUUAACGAUGUUAUCUGUUUUCAGUGGCAUCGGUGGAGCUGCAGUCGCUUUACAUCGGCUCGGCAUCCGCUUGAAAGGCCUUGUGGCGGUAGAGACUUCAGAAGUAAGAAAAAGGAUUCUUCAGAGCUGGUGGCAAAAGACGGGACAAACCGGGGAGUUGGUGAUCAUAGAAGACAUCCAAAAGCUAACGAGUAAAAGACUGGAGAGCCUGUUAGAUAAGCUCGGAGGUAUCGACCUGAUAAUCUGUCAAAACUCGAACGUGAAAAGUAUGAAUGAAGAUACUUUACCAGGUUUCGACUUCUCGAUGUUUAACGAAUUUGUUCGUGUAUUGCAACGUGUAAGAAGUAUGAUGCAACGGAGGAGCGGCGGUAGUAGUACCGCGGCUAACUCCGAUGUCUGAUCCUAUGUACUUGUUAUAAUCUUAAAAUGUAAUUGUUAACAUCUUGAUGCAAUCAUGAGUUCUAUAUAUGUAUCGGUAAUGCGUG